AUGAACUCUAUAUCGCCGCCUCUACGUAGAGGUAUGAAACAAUUAGAACGCUCAGCGUUCCAAAAGAUUGUUACAACUUGGGCUAUACAAGUUCCUAUAAAAAAAGUUGGUGUGGUCGUCAAAAACUUUUCAGAUUAUUUAUUCAACCAGCCAAGGCUUAGGAAUGUCGAACCUGAUCCAAACAAUAAAGAGAACAAGAUAGUUUUGCUGAAACUGGACUUGGAUAAGAUUGAUGAUUUACCUGUCGAUAAGCUGGACUUUUUGAAAAAGGAACAUUUUGAAGUAGUAAAGCAUACUAUAGAACUAGAUUACGCUUAUUGGUCGACCGAACAGAUUUUACAUGCGGUUAUGCCUGAAGAUUUUACCGAUAUUCCAUCCUCAUUUACACAAGUUGGACACAUUGCACAUAUGAAUCUUAGAGACCAGUACUUGCCUUGGAAGCAUUUAAUCGGACAAGUGAUAUUAGACAAAAACAAAGCAAUCAAAACAGUGGUAAACAAGACAGAUAACAUUGAUACAACGUUUAGAUUCUUCAAAAUGGAAUUAUUAGCAGGCGAAGAUAAUAUGAUUGCAGAAGUUAAAGAGAGUGGCUGCAGAUUUAAUUUUGAUUUCUCAAAAGUCUACUGGAAUUCCCGACUUCAUACUGAACACGAUCGAUUGAUUCAACUCUUUAAACCAACAGAUUUCGUAUGUGAUGUCUUUGCUGGGGUAGGACCUUUUGCAAUUCCGUCUGCUAAGAAAGGAACAACAGUGUAUGCCAACGAUCUGAAUCCUGUGUCUCACCAGUACAUGCUGAGAAACAUUCAACUCAACAAGAUUAAGCCGGACCGUAUAUUUCCUUAUAAUCUGGAUGGUAGAGCAUUCAUUCGGCAAGCUGUAAAGGAUUUACACAAUGCUAGAUUACAACAAAAUAAUAACGAAAGUGACUGGAAGACAUUUGACCAUUUUGUCAUGAACUUACCAGCAACCGCCAUUGAAUUCUUAGAUACCUUCCGUGGACUGUUUUACGAAUACAAGGGGGCGUUUUUGACAGCCAAGGUAGAAACCCGAAAGUUACCUACUAUUCAUUGCCAUUGUUUCACCAAAGAUACGGAAAAUCCCCUAGAGGAUAUAGCACAACGUAUUGCAGAUAGGAUGGGCGAGAAACCCGAUUUAGGAAAAACUGUAUUACAUUGGGUACGUAAUGUGGCACCCAAGAAAGAUAUGUACUGUAUAUCGUUUCCUUUAAGUCACGAAGUAGCAUUUGCUGCACCAUCAUCAAUUAGGUAUAUGUUUAGCAAUUUUUGGAUUGUAAGAAUAAUGAAAAGUCCACUUCUAACUUUUUUCUUUUUUUGCAUUGUAUAUUCAUCAAAUUUUAUAGCGAUAAACGUAAAUUGUCCAUCACGCAAACUGAUGCGACUACAGAUUGUAGCAGUAAUAAAAUCCUCCGUACCGAAUGAAAAUCAAUAA